AUGGCUCGUCACGGUAAAGGUCCUAAGACCAACAAACAAAACCUAGCUCCAGAAAAGGAACGUUUCAUCCAAUGUUGUUCCGAUGUCACCUUAGAAUUAACCAACUCAUUGACCUCCAACACCACGAGAGAAAUAAAUCUAAAUGGUCUAAUCACUAAAUAUUCCAAGAAAUACAAACUAAAGCAACAACCAAGACUAACAGACAUCAUCAACACGAUCCCUGACCAAUACAAGAAAUACCUCUUACCAAAACUAAAGGCUAAACCAGUGAGAACUGCCUCAGGUAUCGCUGUCGUCGCAGUCAUGUGUAAACCACAUCGUUGUCCUCACAUCGCAUACACAGGUAACAUUUGUGUCUACUGUCCCGGUGGUCCCGAUUCUGAUUUUGAAUAUUCAUCUCAAUCAUACACAGGAUAUGAACCAACUUCGAUGCGUGCCAUUAGAGCUCGUUAUGAUCCCUAUGAACAGGCUCGUGGGAGAGUAGAACAAUUAAAACAACUAGGACAUUCCAUUGAUAAAGUCGAAUAUGUCGUCAUGGGUGGUACGUUCAUGUCGUUGCCUAAUGAUUAUAGAGAGGAUUUUAUUACUAAGUUACAUAAUGCUUUAUCUGGGUUUAAUGGGAAUGAUUUGGAUGAAGCUAUUAAAUAUUCCCAGCAAAGUUUGACUAAGUGUGUUGGGAUCACUAUUGAAACCAGACCCGAUUAUUGUACUCAGACUCAUUUGGAUGACAUGUUGAGGUAUGGUUGUACUAGAUUGGAAAUCGGGGUUCAAUCAUUGUAUGAAGAUGUCGCUCGUGAUACUAAUAGAGGUCACACUGUGAAGGCUGUCGCUGAAAUUUUCGCCAUUUCGAAAGAUGCCGGUUAUAAAGUUGUGUCUCACAUGAUGCCUGAUUUACCUAAUGUUGGGAUGGAAAGAGAUAUUGAACAAUUUAAAGAAUAUUUCGAAAAUCCAGAUUUUAGAACUGAUGGGUUGAAAAUUUAUCCAACUUUGGUUAUUAGAGGUACAGGUCUAUAUGAACUUUGGAAAUCUGGUAAAUAUAAAUCAUAUAAUUCGAAUGCACUUGUUGAUUUGGUGGCAAGAAUUAUGGCUUUGGUACCUCCUUGGACUAGAAUUUAUCGUGUUCAAAGAGAUAUUCCAAUGCCGCUAGUUACAUCUGGUGUCGAUAAUGGUAAUUUGAGAGAAUUGGCCUUAGCAAGAAUGAAGGAUUUAGGUACUUCUUGUAGAGAUAUUCGUACUAGAGAAGUUGGUAUUCAAGAAGUGCAUCAUAAAGUCCAACCAGAUCAAGUCGAAUUGAUCAGAAGAGAUUAUUAUGCUAAUGGUGGAUGGGAGACUUUCUUAUCCUACGAAGAUCCAAAGAAAGAUAUUUUGAUCGGUCUGUUGAGAUUAAGAAAGGCAUCAAAAAAGUACACGUAUAGAAAGGAAUUCACUUCUCAAAGGACGUCCAUUGUUAGAGAAUUACACGUCUAUGGUUCGGUGGUUCCCUUACACUCAAGAGAUCCAAGAAAGUUCCAACAUCAAGGUUUUGGUACUUUAUUGAUGGAAGAAGCUGAAAGAAUUGCUCGUGAAGAACAUGGAUCCGAGAAGAUUUCAGUUAUUUCCGGUGUUGGUGUCAGAAACUAUUACGCUAAGUUGGGCUAUGAGUUAGAUGGACCUUACAUGUCAAAGAAGAUUGAAGUUGAUUAA